AGAUGUAGUUUUUAAUUAUUCUUCGCUAGUGUGCCUAUACGAUCACGUUGUUCUGUUCGGAUUAUUACGCAUUUUAUAUCCGGUACUUCGGUCCGUGCUUGUUGCCGAAAAGGAAAAAGUGACAUUACAAAGUCAGCUGUCAUUUAAUUGAGCGGUAUCUGUGCUUUCAGGCUGCGCUUCUCAACUAACCUUUAGCGGAUUUGGAACAAAUACUCUGUUGCGAAAAUAAAUGUAACGAAGCAAUAAUAAUGAGGCGUUUCGCCCAGUUUUCCCUGUAAGGUUAUGGUCAGUACGCCUGCUUCCAGAGACUGCAUUCACUUCCAAACUGGAACUCUGAACUGAAGUCCGCUCCCUCUCCAAACUCAGUGCGUAUUAACGCGUGCUUCCAAGACACCGGAGACAUUUAAGUGCCCCCCGUUACGAUGAGAAGCGGACUGCUCUGCUGCCACACGCGUUCGUCAGAGCAGUCUGUGUGAAGGCGACUGUUGGUAUGAGGUUGGCUUCAUCUACGUGCUAGCGGUAUGUCAAAUGCGUAAACUCGACGACGAGUUUACUUUUCAGCGUUUUAGUUGCGAGUGGUAUAUUUUUUUUCCUCGACGCAGUUCGUUCGCCUGUCGCUAUUCUGCUCACUUCCAGUGGAUUGGCAACGCUCGACUACUCUCUCCGAACGAGACCCGCUGCGGGACCACCAGUGAGGAUGACCGUGGUCUUGCGCGUUUUGUGCGUCUGGAUGUUGGCGUCCAGUGUGGCGCGGGGGAGCGGGUUUAUGUACCAGUUUCCCGGAAUGGCCGUACAGCACUUCAACUUCGAACAAAGCGCCCGACCGCCGGACAGCGCGCAUCGCAGGAACUGGUGCCAGUACACUGUGUCUAAGAUGGUGUCCUGCCAGGUGCACAACGGGACAGAGAAGCUGGUGCAGAGGCUGUUCCAGACCUGCAGGUGGCCUGGGCCCUGUGCCAACCUUAUCAGUUACAGGACAGUGAUACGGCCCACCUACAGGGCGGCAUAUCGUCAUGUGACCAUGCUGGAGUGGCGCUGCUGUCCUGGCUUCCUGGGCGAUGACUGCAGCCAGGAGUGUAUGAACUGCAGCAGCUACACUGACAUGAAUAACAGACUGAACAUCAUUGAGUCCAAGAUUCUGCUGCUUGAAGAGGCGGGGCCUCCACCAGCCAAUGGGCUUCCUCAGGGAUCCACCGAUAAUGAGGUGGACACGCCCAGUCCCACGCCCCUCCCCCCUCCCACUGUGGGGCUCCCUGGAGUUAGGGGCCCCCCAGGACCCAUGGGCCCCUCAGGGAUACCAGGGUCGUCCGGCCCCCCAGGACCCAAAGGAGAGAUCGGUCCCGUCGGGAUGCCCGGGCUCAUGGGAGCACCAGGGCUGAAAGGGGAGACCGGGUUCCCUGGAGAGACGGGCCUUCCUGGUCUGCUUGGCCCCCCCGGCCCCCCCGGCCCCCCAGGCCCCCCAGCGCCCCUCCCUGCCAUCCCCCUGCGGGGCGACGUGAUUGGGCUGAGCGCCCAGGAGCGGAAACAGGAUGAGGGGACUGCCCUUCCUCCAACUGUACCUGCGUAUGUCCCCCUGAGGGCCACACCUGGGGCCCCAGGCCCCCCCGGCCCACCUGGAGAAGCAGGUCCGCCAGGCCCAGUGGGACCCCCUGGGGCCCCAGGCACUCCUGGACAGGAAGCGCAGAGAGGACAGCCCGGGAGGACCGGGGAGCAGGGAUCCAAGGGAGACCGCGGAGAACCGGGCCCCCCAGGACUGACCGGAGAGCAAGGUCAGCCGGGAGCCCCCGGCCCUAAAGGGGAUCCAGGAGAGGAUUAUUCAGAGGGUGAGGGGGUGCAGCAGCUGCGGGAUGCUCUGAAGAUCCUGGCUGAGAGGGUUCUCAUCCUGGAGCACAUGAUCGGCAUCCACGAAAGCCCUUUGGAUUCUGGCUCUGGAUUGGCUGUCCUGGCUGACCCCACCCCUUUGCCUGCAGUGAAAAUUGAGAGGGUGGGGCCAGUGGACUCCCCCUCCCUGCUCCAGGAAGCCAGCGACCUGAUUGGACAGAACCUACCGAGGCGGGGUGACAAUUAACAGAGUGUGGCCAAUAGGGGUGCGGAAUGCACGCGUGACUGAGCUGUGAUUGGCCAGCGCCUGAUGUUGGUGCAGACAGGGCGGGUCUGACUCUGGGCUUGAGUGUUUGUGAUUCGUCACCAGGCUGGUCAGGUGACCAGAAAUUCCCCCUCUCCAGGAAGAAUACAUUUCCUUCCUCCAUGGGAGCCACAUAGAUCACACGAUAUAUACUUUUCCUUUUUUACAGUAACAUGGUCACAGUAAUAAGAUGCAUAGCAGUUUUCUUAUACCUAGUUCACUUCAUGUUUUUCUUUUAUUGUUUGAAUUCUUGCCGCUUUGAGAGAAGCAGCCAUUCAGUAACUCUAAUCUCCUGUAGAGACCAGCACGACAGACGUGGUUAUCAUGGGAACUCUCAGAUUUUUUUUUUAUCGUUCAUGAAUAAAACAAAAAUACAUUAUUUAUCUAUUUCUUUCUGAAGGGACACUAUUGUGAUUUUUUUAUCAUUUAAUUGACCCAUUAUGAACUAAGGCUCCCUAUAGAAAUAUUGAACAUUGAGCAAAAUGGAACUUGAGGGUAAAAAUAUUGUACGGGUUUAUUAAAUAAUAAAAGCAUAAAAAACAAA